UGGAAGACGACAAAACAGCAAGUUUCCCAGAAGUAACACUUCCUCCAUUUUAUUCCUAAGAAAGCCAUAUAAGAUGGACUAAACAGUGCAAGUGCAGAUAUACUGGAGGUGCUUUACGGUUUAUAAAAAUGGAUGAGCUUAAAAAAAAGACAGAAACAAUGCUGAGGGCUGUGUUAAUCAGCAGUCCUCGUGGAGUACCUCUUUACAGGGUCGAGAAAGAGUACAGAAGCAUCACUUUUGAGCCCAUCCCAUACUCAAAAUUAGGAUUUACAAACCUAGAGGGCUUCUUAAAGAGUAUACCACACGUUGCUAGUAUCCAGAGAGGCAGUGAUGGCGAGGUCGUAGUGAAGGGAGUUGCCUCUGAAGCCGAUCAACACGUAGCCAAACUCAUAGCUAAGCAGAAGAAACCUAAAAUCAGGAAGUCAGCUGCAAGACCAAGGAAGCCAGUUUUUGCUUUUUCAGCGACUCCAAAUAAAUAUCGUAGUACUAAUUUUGGACCAAGGUCUCAAAAUUUUGCUCCAAAGUCUUUAAUUCAGAAUAAUACGUCAACUUUUGGUGGAAAUCGGGGCCAAACACCAAGGUUUGUUCCUCCAAGGUUGAGGAAGGUUUUUGGAGCAGACAGUCAACCUGCAGCUAAUCAACAACCUGUUAAUGGUACUCGGCGUGUUUCUACAGAUGAUCAGAAACAAAAGAGUAAUCCAUCCCAAAUCUCACAGCGAAUAGUAAAAAGUAAAGGGCCUAAUUUUCAAGGAAUGGAAGUAACAUUGGACAAUAAACCUACUUCACCUCAGACUAAAACUCCACCAAGUACUAUUCCAACAGUUACUCUAAGCCCAGAAGUACUAAAAAAUAUAGGACAGAUUGUAGGUGCCAAACCCAACGGGCUGUUCCUCUCAAGAUUAUCAGUGGAAUAUAAGAACAAGUUUGGUCAAGAAUUACCAGACAAUUUAACAGAAACAUUACUUCUUCAUCCAGAAGUGUUGCGGGUUGAAAAGAUGCAUCAAAAUGUGUAUAUUGCCUAUCCACCUAAGAAAUCUGAACCACCAACAAGUGAAAGUGUAAAAGAAAUAAAUGAUAAAACAAAACAGAACAAGGAAGAAAAGAAACAAAAAGUAGAGCUAUAUAUCGUGAAGCCAUUUACUGUUCCAAAUGUAGGGUCUUCAGUUCAAGUUUACCUGAGCCAUGUCGAAAGUGUUGGUAAUUUUUUUGUUCAAUAUAAAGAGUGUGAAGAUAGGAUCCAAGACUUGCAAACUAAAUUGGAUCAGGAUUUCAAGGACACAACAGAUUUUAUUACAAAACCCAUUCCUGGGAUGUACUGCUGUGCUAAAUUUUCAUUGGACGAUUCCUGGUACAGAGGAAAAAUAUUACAAUGCAUUGAUGAAAAAGACACACUCACUGUAGAGAUAUUCUAUGUUGAUUUUGGAAACUCUGAGUGGUUGCCAAGUUCAAGGCUGCAACACUUGAAGAAGGAACACGUGGAAUUACCUCAAAUGGCUGUACAUUGUUCUUUAGAUGGGAAAGAAAACUUUAAUCCUUCUAUGACAGAGACAUUAAAAACAUUUAUAGAUACAGAAUUAAAAAUGACUUUGGUUCGAAGAAUUGGUGAUGUUCUUUGUGUACGGCUGGCUGAUGAAGAAGGGGCUGAUGUUGCAGUAAAAUUUGAUAGUAAAAAACCAUCAAAGCACAUCAGUAGUGAAGAAAAGCUACCAGUACCUGCUGAAGAUAAUGUUACUACAACUAACGUUGUACAACCUUCAAGUCCACCAGCAGUUGAACAGAAGAAGCCUGUCAAACCAUUUCUCAGAUCUAAGUCUAUGACCAAUGAACAAGAAAAGAAGAUUCCUGAGCGAGUGGUCAUCCCAAAUGAAGAUUACAUUGAUAUUCUUGUUUUCAAUGUCUUCAGCACUGAUAACAUUAAUGUUUUGUUAUAUGGCGAAGAAUACUCCGAUAAGUUGCUUGCUUUGGAAGUAAGCCUUAUGUCUUACUUCUCUGAGUCCUGUGAAGAUUCUCCAUCAUCACCCAAAGCAGGUGAGAUAUGGGCACUAAAGACCAAUGAACUCCAUUCAGAGGACCAGUGGUACAGAGUUAAAGUAUUAUCCAUUAAAGGUGACCAGGCACAGCUAGAGUUUGUUGAUUAUGGUGAUACCAGGCAAGCAGCUGUUUCUGACUUAAAGGCCUUACCAGCAAGAUUCCUGGAUCUACCCUUCCAAGCAGUUACUUUAUCUUUGAAUAACAUCCCAAAGACAAAGAAAAAAGAGGUGCUGGAUAAACUCAAACAGCAUGUACUUGAAAAACCAUUAGUGGCAGAAGUUAUACAAAGAACCCAAGACAAGCUAUCAGUAGAACUGUUUGACACCUCGACAGAAACUGAUAUCAACAUCAAUGAGAUAAUGYGCUCACUUAUUCUACCAGAUGAGGACCUCGCACCUGCUCUACCAAAGGCUGGCCAACAAGUAAAUGUGGCAGUAUCUCACAUAUCGGACACUGGUGCUGUAUAUGUACAAAUACCUGGAGCAGGUCUGUCUCGUCUGGAGGAACUAAUGACUGACAUCACAGAACACUACAACUCAAAGAGUACCAAAGCUGCAGAGUUUGUAUCUCAGCCAACUGAGGGUCUCAUCUGCUGCGCUAAGUGUUCAGAUGGUUCAUGGUACAGGGCUCUCAUACUGAAGCAGCUACCUGAAAGGAUGGUGAAGGUGCAAUGUGUGGAUUACGGCAACACAGAAAUCGUACUGAGAACUGCUCUGAGGGAACCCACUAAAGCUAAUGAACAUGUUAGCUCAUUGCCAUUCCAGGCAGUUGAAUGCUGUCUUGGAUCAGAUUUGAACUGGGAUGCUGAUAAAACAAAAGCAAUUAACCAAAUCCUAUCUGAUGAAGUGAUACUUGAGGUAACUAAACAGGGAGCCAUUCCCCAAGUCAAAUUAUUCUUGACUAGAGAAGAUGGCCAACAGGUUAACAUUCUUGAUUACAUUCUGGAGGAUAACCAAGCUAAUAGAGAUGAUGGCGGGUCAGUAGAUGGAUCAGUUGAUGGUAGUUCACCAGGGAAACAAGAACAGACAGACAAAGAAUCCUCUUCACAAGAAGAUGACCAAGAUGACUUGACCCCAAACCUCCCACCACCCAUAACACUCUCACGACCAUGGGUGGAUGUAACGGUGUCCGAAGUUAUUGACCCUGGACAAUUUAUGUUUCAGCCGCUAUCAAUGCUGAGGGAUCUUGAAAAGUUAACAAGUGACAUGACAGAGUAUUAUAAAAAUAAAACUGAGACCGUCAAGAGUCCCCGUAUGGGUGACCUGUGCGCUGUCAGAGAUAAAGACGGCAAUUACUAUCGAGCAGUUGUUAAGGCUGUCCUCUCACCAAAACAGGUUUGCGUCCUGUUUAUAGACUACGGUAAUCUCAAUAUCCACACCUCUAGUGAUUUUCGAGUACUCUGUGAUCAGUUCAAACAAUUACCAUGCAUCGCUGUCAAGGGAUCCCUAUCAGGAAUCCAGCCCAGCGAAAGCUCCGGUGAAUGGUCAGUGGAAGCAACAAAAAGAUUUGAAGAUUUAACACGAUGGAAGAUGCUUGUUGCUUCAAUAGACGGGGACCAGUACACCUACAGCUACCGCGAGGAGCACAAGAUUCAUCUAACAAUCUACGACACGUCUAGCGAUAAAGAUAUUAAUAUUGCUGAUGUCCUUAUUCAAGAAAGAUUGGCCAGACGUACAGAAAGCUGAGUAGGGAUGAUAGGAGUAAUAUAUUUCUGUCAGUGUCGAAUCUGAGACAUGAUGGAGUAUCCAGUGAGGACUACAGAUAGUAGGAUAUAUAAAUAUUAGUCACAUUACAUGGUGUCUUGCGAUAUCUGUAGAGUACGACACUGAAAACUUAAUAACGCAUGGCACGGUCAUGAUACGGAUUAACAACAUCUGUGGACCAAUCACAGCGAGUGCAUACAUUUAGUUAAAAUGUUUGGCACCGCACCGUCACGGUAACGGCACGGCCAAACAAAGCACUCGAUUCUAGAGACCGGGCGCAAGGUGCAAUUUAAUUUYUUAUCUCAAAGUGAUGGAUGACUUAAUUUUAAAUAUAUGGGAAAUGCUGCAAUAACUAUAAGCAGUUUAGGUACUGAUUGACAUUGGCACUUCAAUUACACAACGAGUAAGGAACAGUAAAACCUUUAACAGAAAACGUUUUUAUUCAUGUUGAGAGGUCAAUAGACCUAUCCCGAAUUCGCUUGACUGGUCACAAAGCAAUAGUUUCGAGUCGAGGUUGAAACUUGAUGAAUAAAAGAAUCAAGUUCAGUCUCGACUUCAAACCAUUGUUUCGUGGUCAGUCAAGCGAAUUCGGGAUAGGUCUAUUGUUUUAUUGUAUUUUCGAAAAUCAUUUUCCCCGCAAGUAACGUCGAGUCACUUCGGGGCUUUAAACAAUCCUCAUUGGUCCAGUUUGCAUUUGCGCACUUUUGAAAAGGAAAAGAAAAAUAUAAAAUUAAAUUUACAGUCUUUACUAGACAAUUUGUCUUAAAAUAACAAGGGAAUAUUAUACAGAAGGAUUAAAUAGUUAUAGAUGCGAAUAAAAGCUUGUUAGUAAUAAA